CUACUGCUAGAUGCCCUUCCUAAUGCCAACCACAGAAUGUACUGGGUGCUUUUUAUGUGCCACCAGCAUCAGUCGAUGCUGGGAGCAGGUGUGGCUAUGAGGUAAGAAGUUUGCUACCCAACCCAUGCUUGCAGUUUGGGUAAGUGUCUCCCCUGAUGGCCUUGGGUCAACUAAAACCUUGUGAGUGGAUGUGGUUGAUGGAAACUGGAGGAAGCAUAUCAUAUGUAGAUAUUUAUAUCAUUAUCAUCAUUGUUUAAUGUCCACCUUCCAUGCUGGUGUGAGUGGGAUAGUUUGAGAGGAACCGACCAGACGGAAGCCUGCACCAGGCUUCUGUGAGUGUUUUACCAGGAUUUUUACAGCCUCAAUGGAUUCUGACCCCUGCAAACAUAGACAUUAAAUGGAUGACAGUGUUGAUGUUGUAAGAUUUGCAAUGUUGAAUUACUAUGUCGUUUAAUGAUUCUCUUUAUCUCACUGCUUCUUUUUUUUCUAUUUCAGAAUAUAACAUCCUAUUGACGUAAAAGAAAUUUCUUAAUUCAGAUGUACCUCUGAUAUUUUGAUUGACUUUCAUCAAUUAAAGGAAGACCAUAUAUUCAUAAGACACAUUCAUCAACGCAUCAACUUCUUUGUAUAAAUCUUCAACAAGUGAUGGGAAAAUACUUCUUCUGGACAUUGUAUUUAACAGCAACGUUCUUUUGUCUUCACUGUCUGGAAUGUAGAGAUUAAUAAUUUCCAGGUUAAUUAAUCUUGGAUACCUUUACAAAAGAGUUUACAUCUUCUGUUUUAGAUAUUAAGUAAGAUCACUGAUUAGAGAAACAUAACACUAAAUUAUUCUCUGACACAUCUGAACACAAACACUCUUAGAAAUGCAAAAAGAACUACCAUUGUGUUAUGUAUGAAAGAUUAUUAUCUCACGAUGAAUGAUUUAACUAAACCAAAAAGGCCACAUCAUUGCAAUAUCUGUGGCAGAUCAUUUUCUGCAAACAGUCUCUUGAUUAGGCACAAACGUAUUCAUACUGGGGAAAAACCAUAUCAGUGUGAUUUCUGUGGUAAAUCAUUUUCUGGAAACAGUCUCUUGAUUAGGCACAAACGUAUUCAUACUGGGGAAAAACCAUAUCACUGUGAUAUCUGUGGUAAAUCAUUUUCUCAAAGUAGUGACUUGCCUAAACAUAAACUCUCCCAUACAGGAGAGAAGCCAUUUUAUUGUAAAUUCUGUGGUAAAUAUUUUUCUGAAAAUAGGUUAAGUCGUCACAAAUGUAAACAGAGAGGAGAAAAGCCAUAUGACUGUAAUAUCUGUGGUAAAUCGUUUGCUAACAAUAGUCUCUUGAUUAUUCACAAACGUAUUCAUACCGGGGAAAAACCAUAUCAGUGUGAUAUCUGUGGUAAAUCAUUCUCUCAAAGAGGUUCCUUGACAAGUCACAUACGUAUUCAUACUGGGGAAAAACCAUAUCACUGUGAUAUCUGUGGUAAAUCAUUCUCUCAAAGAGGUUCCGUGGCUAGUCACAUACGUGUUCAUACUGGGGAAAAACCAUAUCGCUGUGAUAUUUGUGGCGGUUCAUUCUCUCACAGGAGUGCCUUGACGAAACACACAUUCACACAUACAGGAGAGAAGCCAUUUCAUUGUGAUAUCUGUGGUAAAUCGUUCACUAGAAAUAAUCAAUUGACUUGUCACAAACGCAUUCAUACUGUGGAAAAUCCAUACCAGUGUGAUAUCUGUGGUAAAUCAUUUUCCAGUAAUAACACUGUCACUCGUCACAAACGUAUUCAUACUGGGGAAAAACCAUACCAGUGUGAUACCUGUUGUAAAUCAUUUUCCAGUAAUAACACUGUCACUCGUCACAAACAUAUUCAUACUGGGGGAAAACCAUAUCAAUGUGAUAUCUGUGGUAAAUCAUUCUCUCAAAGUGGUGCUUUGACUUAUCACAGACGCAUUCAUACUGGGGAAAAUCCAUACCAGUUUGAUAUCUGUGGUAAAUCAUUUUCCAGUUAUAACACUGUCACUCGUCACAAACAUAUUCAUACUGGGGGAAAACCAUAUCAAUGUGAUAUCUGUGGUAAAUCAUUCUCUCAAAGUGGUGCUUUAACUUAUCACAGACGCAUUCAUACUGGGGAAAAUCCAUACCAAUGUGAUAUCUGCAGUAAAUCAUUUCCUAGAAACAACACUCUCACUCGUCACAAACGUAUUCAUACUGGGGAAAAACCAUAUCAGUGUGAUAUCUGUGGUAAAUCAUUCUCUCAAGGUGGCGACAUACCUAAACAUAAACGUACUCAUACAGGUGAGAAGCCAUAUCAUUGUAAUAUCUGUGGUAGAUCAUUUUCUGGAAGUAGCGACUUGAUUAAACACAAAUGUAUUCAUACAGGAGAGAAGCCGUAUCAUUGUAAUAUCUGUGGUAAAUCAUUUUCUGGAAACAGUCUCUUGAUUAGGCACAAACGUAUUCAUACUGGGGAAAAACCAUAUCACUGUGAUAUCUGUGGUAAAUCAUUUUCUCAAAGUAGUGACUUGCCUAAACAUAAACUCUCCCAUACAGGAGAGAAGCCAUUUUAUUGUAAAUUCUGUGGUAAAUAUUUUUCUGAAAAUAGGUUAAGUCGUCACAAAUGUAAACAGAGAGGAGAAAAGCCAUAUGACUGUAAUAUCUGUGGUAAAUCGUUUGCUAACAAUAGUCUCUUGAUUAUUCACAAACGUAUUCAUACCGGGGAAAAACCAUAUCAGUGUGAUAUCUGUGGUAAAUCAUUCUCUCAAAGAGGUUCCUUGACAAGUCACAUACGUAUUCAUACUGGGGAAAAACCAUAUCACUGUGAUAUCUGUGGUAAAUCAUUCUCUCAAAGAGGUUCCGUGGCUAGUCACAUACGUGUUCAUACUGGGGAAAAACCAUAUCGCUGUGAUAUUUGUGGCGGUUCAUUCUCUCACAGGAGUGCCUUGACGAAACACACAUUCACACAUACAGGAGAGAAGCCAUUUCAUUGUGAUAUCUGUGGUAAAUUAUUUUCUCAGAAUGGUAGCUUGAAAUCACACAAGCGUGUUCAUACAGGAGUGAACCCAUAUCACUGUGAUAUUUGUGGUUGGUCAUUCUCUCACAGUAAUGCCCUGACUAAACACACAUACACACAUGCAGAAGAGAAGCCAUUUCAUUGUAAUAUCUGUGAUAAAUCGUUCACUAGAAAUAAUCAAUUGACUUGUCACAAACGCAUUCAUACUGUGGAAAAUCCAUACCAGUGUGAUAUCUGUGGUAAAUCAUUUUCCAGUAAUAACACUGUCACUCGUCACAAACAUAUUCAUACUGGGGGAAAACCAUAUCAAUGUGAUAUCUGUGGUAAAUCAUUCUCUCAAAGUGGUGCUUUGACUUAUCACAGACGCAUUCAUACUGGGGAAAAUCCAUACCAGUGUGAUAUCUGUUGUAAAUCAUUUUCCCAUAAUUAUAUUUUAAAGGAACACAAACGUAUUCAUACAGGGAAGAAACCAUAUCGCUGUGAUAUCUGUGGUAAAUCUUUCUCUGAAAGCAGCAGCUUAAUUAAACACAAGCGUAUUCAUACAGGAGAGAAGCCAUAUACCUGUGAUAUCUGUGGUACAUCAUUCUCUCGAAGCGAUAGCUUAAUUCAACACAAACGGGUUCAUACAGGAGAGAAACCAUAUCACUGUGAUAUCUGUGGUGAAUCGUUCUCUGUUGGCAGUAGCUUAACUCGUCAUAAACGUAUUCAUACAGGAGAGAAACCAUAUCACUGUGAUUUAUGUGGUAAAUCUUUCUCUGAAAACGGUAGCUUAACUCAACACAAACGUAUUCAUACAGGGGAGAAACCCUAUCACUGUGGUAUCUGUGGUGAAUCAUUCUAUCACAGAGGUAACUUUACUACUCACUCUAGGGUUCAUACAGGGCAGAAGCCAUAUCACUGUGACAUCUGUGAUAAAUCAUUCUCUGUUAGUAGUUGCCUAACUAGACACAAGCGUAUUCAUACAGUGGAGAAAACCUCCCCGUGAUAUCAGUGGUAAAUCCUCCUAUCAAAGAGGUAACUUAAGUACUCACACAUGGGUUCAUA